UCAGCGCUGACAGGACCGGACACAGCCGAGAAUGGCCGAAGUUUUCCGAAGCUCAGAGGCAGUAGCGGAAGUCUUCAGGUGCAGUCAUACUGGGCGAGAGAGAGAGAGUUCACAAACUUUAAUCUUCCAUUCGCUUUGUUUGUUGGUGGAUUGAGGUGUAAACAUGAAGAAUCUCGGACUGAUUCAGGGAUUAUUGCUGUUUGUUAUGAGCAGUGACGCUAUUAUCAGGAUUCCUCUGCGGCGGAUGCCCUCUGUUCGCCGCACGCUGGUGGACAACGCUCUCGCUCAGGGCCAGCUGAAAUUGUGGAAGGCGGAGGAAGGCAGUGACGUGGUGUGGAGCACGGACGCCACUCAUUGUCCGGUGGAGAAACUCUCAAACUUCAUGGACGCUCAGUAUUACGGUGUGAUCAGCAUCGGGACUCCGCCGCAGGAGUUCACCGUCCUGUUUGAUACCGGCUCCUCCAACCUGUGGGUUCCCUCCAUCCACUGCGCCUUCUUCGAUCUGGCCUGCUGGCUCCACCAUCGAUAUGACUCCAAGAAGUCGAGUACGUAUGUACAGAACGGUACUCAGUUCUCCAUCCAGUACGGCAGAGGAAGUCUGAGCGGUUUCUUCAGUCAGGACACGGUCACGCUGGCAGGUCUGGGUGUACAGAACCAGAUGUUUGCCGAGGCGGUGAAGCAGCCGGGCGUGGUGUUUGCCCUGGCGAAGUUCGAUGGCGUGCUCGGCAUGGCAUAUCCUAUCCUGUCAGUGGGAAAAGUCCGACCCGUAUUCGACUCCAUCAUGGCUGGCAAACUCCUGCAGCAGAACAUCUUCUCCUUCUACAUCAACAGAGACCCUAAAGCGGAGGUCGGGGGGGAGCUGAUGCUGGGUGGUUGUGAUAAGCAGUAUUUUGAUGGAGAUCUUCACUACCUGAACGUCACCCGGAAAGCUUACUGGCAGAUCAAGAUGGACACAGUGGAGGUGGGAAGCACACUGACACUGUGUAAGGACGGUUGCCAGGCGAUUGUCGACUCGGGAACGUCCAUGAUCACAGGGCCUGUGGAGGAGAUUCGAGCUCUGAACAAAGCCAUCGGGGCCGUCCCUCUGAUCAUGGGGGAGUACUGGAUUAGCUGCAGUAAAAUUCCCUCACUGCCGGUGGUUUCCUUCCAUCUGGGAGGGAAAGUGUUCAGCCUGACUGGAGAGGACUACGUGUACAAGUCCACAAAGAUGGGCGUGUCUGUGUGUCUGUCUGGUUUCAUGGCGUUGGACAUACCGCCCCCUGCUGGUCCUUUGUGGAUCCUGGGUGAUGUUUUUAUGGGCCGUUUCUACACCGUCUUCGACCGAGACAACAACCAAGUGGGAUUCGCUCCUGCCAAGUGAUUCCAGUGAACCUUGAGGUGGUUGAUAAGAAGUGUUUGAGUGCUGACAUUGUUCUGACAUUUCUCUCCUUAUUUGCAUGUAAACGCCGCAUAGAUCUGAGCAACUCUUUAAGCAGUGUUUCUUUUCAAUGAAACUCUUUAAAUGGAUCCAAAAAAAAAAAAAUGAAGUCUGGAAAAAACCGGCUCACUCCAGGUUCUCCAAGUGGAAUAAAAAAAAAAGGUUACUCAAAGGGGUACCUCAAUGGGGCAAAUCAGUGGGGUAACUCAAUGGUUAAGAUGAAGGGUUAAAUUCAGUGGUUCACCCAAAGUGUCACUCGAAGUGUAAACUCAAUUGGGUAACUCAGUGGGGUAACUCAGUGGGGUAACUCAGGGGGGUAACUCAGGGGGUAACUCAAUGGUUAAGAUGAAGGGUUAAAUUCAGUGGUUUGCCUAAAGUGUAACUCGAAGUGUAAACUAACUCAGUGGGGUAAAUCAGUGGGCUAAUUCAAUGGGCUAAUUCAAUGGGCUAAUUCAAUGGGCUAAUUCAAUGGGCUAAUUCAAUGGGCCAGCUCAGUGGGGUAACUCAGUGGGGUAACAUCUAGCAUUACCCAAAAUGUAACACAAAUUUCUGCCAUUUAAUUUUUUCCAUAUUUGCUUACAUUAUUAAUACAUUAUUAUUUGAACCUUGCACAAAGUUGAAUAUACGCCAAAAACGGAAUCUAACAAUAUAUAUAGUCUUAAAACAAUAUAAGGUUAAUGACAGUAUAUUUCACAAACACCAGCACAGUAUCGUUGUCUCACUCUCUUUUCCUUCAUACACACACAUCAAAUCCUUUCUCUGAUCAUAUCAGCUUGUUUUGUUUUAUCAUAAAGUUUAAUCAUGUCCAGUCACAUUCAGCCUGAAUACAAAGGCUUUCUUUUUUUAAGUGAACUCAAAUUCCUGUUUCAUUCUCCUACAUUUCUGUUUGAAUAUUUUGCAAAGUUUCCAAAAAGAGUACGAGUGUGAGACGACGUUAUCAAAAGAGCGUCAGACAGGUCCGGUUAACGGCUCCGUCACACUACCAAACGAAACCGCGUGAUGAACACCAGCACAGGUUCAACUAUUAUGUUCAUUAUUAACAUCAAGCUUGGAACUUGGAUUAUAAAUAAAGUACCGCAUGGACCUUAAGCACGCUGUAAUCUCCUGGCUAGCUUUAAUUUCCUUUUUUGCUGUGUUUAAAUGUGUCCAAUCACGAGAGGUCUGAAUAACCAGGAUGUGAUCUGAGGACAGAGUCGACUGUUAAAGCAUCAGUUAGAACUUGUGUUAAAAUUUCCUGCAAAAAAAAUCCGGCAGCUUUCAGAAUUUUGUGUUUAUUGAAAAGGAGAAACAAACGCUGAAUUCCAGCUGAAUACUACUCCUGGGCGACGUCAUGAAGUAUGACGAAAAAUUAUUUUUAUCUGUUUAGUUACAUUUAAUGUAAACAAGUUGGUUCUUGUUGUCAGUUACAUUGUAAUGGCUAUAAACAGUCGUUCCCGCACCAAACCUCUCUUUAUUUCUAUCCAUAUCUACAGCUAGUGGAGAAGAAACCAGGAACAUGACAGAAGUACAGCAUUUGGACUAAAACUAUGCAAAUGUAAUGUUUGUUUUUUUUUAAAUUUAUAUUUUCUAUAUAGCUACAAGUUCUUAAAAAAAUAAAAGUGGUGAAUCAGUUUAAAAGUUCUGUUGAAUCUCUGUACAUUUGAACUGCUGAAAUUGGGAGGUCUUUUAGUUUUCCUGUAUGUUUAGCUUUGACAGAUUGUUACUGAAGCUCCAUCAUUUCCAGAACCUAAACGAUGUUGUUUAAUUUUUAUUAUAUUUUUAUUAUAUUUUAGCUGAUUGUUGCACUGAGACAUGGAUUUGCACUGCGCUGGCUUUCAGCUGUGAAACUUGAAAUAAAGAAAUGUGUGUUUUAUUAAAACAAAUCCUUGUUUUU